AUGUUCUCCAGCCUCGGGACCAAGCUCGCGCUCAAGAAGCUGGGCGUUCCCAAGGAUGCCAUGAACAUGGGCUCGCCCUUUGGCGGUGCCAACGAUGAGCCCAAGAGGCUGAAGAAGAACCAGAAGAGCCUCACUACCGAGGAGCUGGAUGCGGCCGAUGGGAACAACUGGCCGAAGUGGAUGACCGUCAAGAGCUUGCCUCUGACGGUCCAGCCCUGGCUCUCCCCAGCACCGCCCCCAGUGCCAAUCGCUCCAGACUGCCCUGGUGUCGGAGCAUUGGCACCAUUAGAUCGCGACAGGAAGUUGAUGCUCGGCAGCAAUGGGCGCAAGGUGAUCGUUGUUUUCUUGCGGUGUGUAGGCUGCGCAUUUGCUCAAAAGAACUUUCUCGCCCUGCGUGACCUCGCGAACAAGACCCCGGUCACCUGUAUCGCCAUAUCCCACGCCUCACCCGCUGCUACCAGUAAGUGGGUCGACCUGAUGGGAGGGGCCUGGAAAGUGCAGGUCGUUAUCGACGAGGACCGGGCCAUCUACGCCGCCUGGGGGCUGGGCCUGUCCUCAGUAUGGUACUAUUUCAACCCGACUACACAGACAGCAGCGUGGAAGGAGAAAGGCUGGCUGGGAAGUACGGUAGCGACAAGCAUAAACCGUAAGAUGGGUAUGACCAAUAGAGGGGGCAUGGACCUCGGGGCGUCGGGCGCCGCCGAGGGUGAAGGCCCCGGGACCAUCAUGGGCAACAAGUGGCAGCAGGGCGGGGCGUUCGCGGUUGACGAGAGGGGCACCGUGGUCUGGGGCGGGAAGGCGGAGAGGGCGGACGAGGUCGUGGACCUUGAGGCUGGCAUUCGGGCGUUGGGCUUGUAA